CAAAUGAGAGUACAAGUGGAAGCACAGAAACUAGGCUACGUGGAGGAAACGCCUUAUAAUUACCAAGGAUCCUAUUAAUCAUCUUUUUCUUUCCAAAACCUCACUACUGCACACUUCACAUCUCAUUCCACUUCUCUAACCGACGUCGUUUUAAUGUAUCGUACGGCAGCCAAGCGAUUACUUCUCGCUUCUUCUGCUUCCGGCAAUGGCACCUCCCGUUAUCGAUUCCCUCCCUUUCGUUGUUUCUCCUCCGUAGAUUCUCUAUCGUUCCCCAAUCAAACCCCUAAUCAACACCAACACCACCAUCACCAUAAGUUUCAAAACACUAACUCUUCAGAUUCAGCUUCCUCCACCUCCUCUUCUUCGGAUUGGUCUGCUCAGGAUGCUUCCCACCAUCGCAGCCAGAACCCGAUACCGGAUUACCAAGAGGAGCAAGCUAGGGUGCUUCGUGCUUCCCUUUUCCAUGUGCGUUUGGGAUGAGUUGGUGCAGCUUAAGUUGGGGUGGACCGAAGCUGCAAUGGUUGCAGGUGCCAGAGACGCCGGUGUGUCUCCCGCUAUAAUUGGGUCACUUCCCAGGAAAGAGGCUGCUCUAGUGGAGUUUUUCAUGGAUGAUUGUUUACAAAGACUUAUUGAUAGAAUUGACUCCGGAGAGGACUUGAAAAGUUUGAUACCUAGUGAGCGUAUCUCCAAGCUUGUUAGAAUUCGCUUGGAAAUGCAAGCUCCAUACAUAACAAAAUGGCCUCAGGCUCUUAGUAUCCAGGCACAACCAAUGAAUGUUCCAACGAGUUUUAAGCAGCGAGCUAUGCUUGUCGAUGAAAUCUGGCAUGCCGCUGGUGAUGAGGCCUCUGAUAUUGAUUGGUAUGUAAAGCGCACUGUUCUUGGAGGAAUAUACUCGACAACUGAGAUCUACAUGCUUACUGAUAGUUCCACUGAUUUUCGUGAUACUUGGGCUUUCUUGAAUGGUCGUGUCAAAGAUGCCUUUGAUUUCAAGAAAACCAUGCAAGAGGCAAAAUACUUGGCUGAAACCGUUGGAGCUGGGAUGGGGAGUUCUUUGCAAGGAUUUAUGAAGGGAGUUUUUCGGGCUUGAGUUGUGGACAAAAGUGAGCAUUUUCAUGAUCAGAAAGUUCUUAUCUUAUUGAGUGUGAAUUGUGUUGGACAAAUUAUGCAUGAAGGGGAAUGUUGGCAAUCUUAACACCAUUCUUUAUAAAUUUUCAGUUUUCUUUAACCGUAUUGGCUUACAUGUUUUUUUAUUUCUUUUUGUCAGAGUACGGGCUUACAUGUUGUGUUAGUGGCUUUUCUCUUUCAAUAAUCUUUGGGUUGUAAAGUCACAUUGAUGAGAAAAAGUGAGUUUUAUUACACCAACAAAUAUUACUUGGGGAGAAAAAAAGUUGGAUGAGGAAAAAUUUCAACCACAUAAGGUCAUCGUGUUGCUUGCUCCAUUGUCCUAAUCAAGCAUAUAUAUGGAAGCAUUCAUUAGGACUUCCAGUCAAUGUUUGCUCUUAAUUUUUUUUAUGCAAAAAUUAAUGUUUGCUUAA